AAAUGAGAGUAAUGAUAAACUGGCAAUAUUGAAGAGAGGUUCCAAAACCCCCUUAUCUUUCAAACAUUUAGAGAGAGAGAGAGAGAGAAAUGGAUUUCACUGAGAAGGAAGAAAGUUUAGUGAAAGAAUCAUAUGAAGUUUUGAAGAAGGAUUUGCCUUUCUACAGCCUUCAUUUUUUCACUCAGAUAUUGGAGAUAGCACCAGCAGCAAAGGGCAUGUUUUCUUUCUUAAGGGAUUCUGAAGACAUCCCUCACAACAAUCCUAAGCUCAAGGCUCAUGCCCUCAAGGUUUUCAAAAUGACAUGUGAAGCAGCCAUUCAAUUGAAGGAGAAAGGGGAAGUGAUCGUCUCGGAGACUACGUUGCAAUAUUUGGGAUCUGUUCACCUUCGUAAUGGAGUCAUUGAUCCACAUUUCGAGGUGGUGAAAGAGGCAUUGCUACGAACAGUGAAAGAAGGAGUGGGAGAGAAAUGGAGCGAAGAGAUGGGCAAUGCUUGGACAAAGGCCUAUCACCAUUUGGCUUCAGCAAUCAAAGCUGAAAUGAAAUGAAAUUUCAUUCAAAUUUCAAACUAUGGGAUGCUGCCUUUUAAAUUUUCUUCAUUUCCUUCUGGGAAGAAAAUGAUAUUAUCUUGGAAGUAAAAUAAAAAAGUGUAUGAAAUUUGUGAUGUAAUAAUUGAAAUUUGAGGAUAUUGGCAAUAGGGCUCAAAAUGUCAAAACCUUGCAUCUUUUUAAUUACAGUGAAAUAGUGUCGUAGACAUAUAUUUAUUCGGUUA